UGUUUACGUCAAAUCCUAGACGGCCAUUUUGCACGAAAAUCUGGCUGGGAGUAUAACGUAAACAUUGAUCUGAGCUGAAGUAGAAAACAGUUGUUUUAAACACAUAAUGUCACUUACUCAUAGAACAAGUGGUCUUGUUCAACGUAAAACUACCACUGUACAGAGUGUUGGAGCUGAUGGGGGCGUGGAGGAACGAGACGAUGAGGGAUAUACCCCGGACGAAGAGGAAGACCACGAUUCGAAGGAAACAAGAUUGACUUUGAUGGAGGAAAUUCUUUUACUUGGACUCAAGGACAGGGAGGGAUACACUUCAUUUUGGAAUGACUGCAUUUCAUCAGGUUUACGAGGUUGCAUAUUAAUAGAACUUGCUCUGCGAGGAAGACUUGAACUUGAAAAAGCAGGCAUGCGUAGAAGAAGUCUCCUGAACAGAAAAGUCCUCUUAAAGUCAUCCAAUCCAACAGGAGAUGUAUUACUGGAUGAAACACUCAAGCAUAUAAAAGAGACAGAGCCACCAGAAACUGUUCAAAGCUGGAUAGAGUAUCUCAGUGGUGAAACAUGGAAUCCCCUUAAACUAAGGUACCAGCUGAGAAAUGUCCGUGAAAGAUUGGCCAAGAAUUUAGUGGAGAAAGGCAUAUGUACAACAGAAAAACAGAACUUUUUAUUAUUUGACAUGACAACACAUCCACUAACUGAUGGUGGUAUCAAGCAAAAACUUAUCAAAAAAGUCCAAGAAUCUGUGUUAAGUCGCUGGACAAAUAAUCCGCAGAAGAUGGACAAAAGGAUGCUCUCCCUCAUUUAUCUGGCUCACGCUUCGGAUGUUCUAGAAAACGCCUUUGCUCCUUUAUCUGAUGACGACUAUGAAGUGGCGAUGAAACGUGUUCGGGAGUUAUUGGACCUUGAAUUUGAUGCAGAGAGCAUGAAAGAGGGUGCAAAUGAACUCAUGUGGGCAGUGAUAGCAGCUUUUAGCAAAUAGGCUGGAAAAUGUCAAGUGGGGAAAAAAAAGGGACAAUUAUGUUAUUUAAAGAUACAAAUAUAUGUAAAUUCAUGAUGAUUAUUUUUGUUUGUUGUAAAUGCAUACAUAAUUGUGACAGAACUUUUCUAUUAGGAUACAAGUAAAACUUGUGCAUUAUUUCUGUCAUGAUAUUUUUAAUUAAACUGCAAUCUUCAUUUCAACUUAUUUACAAAUAAUUUAACCACAACUUGAAUUUUUUAAAAG